AUGCAUUGGUUUUUGCAUAUCCAAGGCGCCAGUGGCAUCACUGGAUGGGCCAUCACCAAGGCCAUUUUGGACGGCUAUCCCAGUGCAGACACUUUUGGUUCAGUCACGGCCUUGACCAAUCGUCCUCUGAGCAUCGAGGACGCAUUGUGGCCCCAGUCACCCAAACUCGAUGUUGUCAGCGGUCUCGAUCUUUUAACUCCCAAAGGCCAAGAAGGACUCGAAGCAGAACUUAAAGAGCGAGUCAAACAUGCAGGCGAGAUAACACAUCUUUACUUUUUUGCCUACAUCAUGGAUGGUGAUCCUGCCAAGGAAAUCGAAAUCAAUCUCGAGUUGGUCAAACGAGCCGUGACAGCAAUUGAGCAUCUCUCGCCCAGUCUCGAGUUUGUGGUGCUUCCCACUGGCACCAAGGCCUAUGGCGUCCACCUGAUAGACCAGUUCCCCUUCUCGGACAAGUUACCUCUCAAGGAGAGCCUCCCCCGAAUCCCAGAGCCCCACGCAUCACAAAUGUUUUAUUACAACCAGGCCGAUAUGCUGUCGAGCAUGUCCGAGGGCAAAUCAUGGACAUGGUGCGAGAUGAUGCCAGACGUGAUUGUGGGGUUCGUCCCAAAUAACAACAUCUACUGCCUCGCACAGGCUCUGGCAACCUACCUGUCUCUAUAUGCCGAGAUCAAUGGGAAAGGAAGCGAGGUCGUCUUCCCUGGGACGGAGAAGUCGUACACGAUUCUCAGCAACGACAGUAGCCAGGACAUUGUCGCCAAGGCUUCCAUUAUUGCCUCUCUUCGCCCGGACAUCAGUUCGGGGCAGCGAUACAAUGCGGCUGACAAUGCAGAGGCCUCUUCGUGGAGUGUCAAGUGGCCAGUCAUUUGCGAGUAUUUUGGCCUCAAAGGCAUCGGACCGACAUCCACCUCUGGCUCCGACCCACAGCCGUCAGAGUACCUAGCAGAUCACUUGACCGAGUGGCAGGCCCUGGAGAAGAAGCACGGUCUCAAGACGGGUCGUGUCGGCAACGAUCGCAGCUUUGGCGGUUUUCCGUACUUUAUCAUGACCAUGUUCAAUUUUGAUCGCCAUCUCGAUAUGACCAAAUGCCAUGAGAUGAUGGGGGAUGCAAAGGUGGAAACCGAUGCCAAGGGCGCGUGGUGGACUGCGUUCGAUCGAUUUAAAGAGGCCAAGAUUAUUCCUUGA